AUGUCUGAAAACGUCGGUCUGUCCACUCCUCGUGGCAGCGGAACUUCUGGUUACGUUCAGAAGAACCUGGCGCACAUGCGCCCGCGCGAUCGCGCUGCACCAUAUCCAAAAAAUACAGAUUCUCUACCUCACAAGCAACGGCAACCUGACAAGGGCAUCCUGGAGCACGAUCGCAAGCGCGAAAUUGAGGUCAAGGUGUUUGAGCUCCGCGACAAGCUAGAAGAUGAUGAGGUCGAUGAGGACGACAUCGAAAAGCAAUGCGAUGAACUCAGGCAAAAACUGCUUCUUGAAAUGAAUUCCGGCAAGGAGUCGGGCAAUCCCCGACGCCAGUUCAAGCAGCAUCAGGUUCAUGCCAUGGCCGAUGCCAAGAUCAAGGAAUCUGAACGGUUAAGAAAGGCACUGAAGAUAAGCUCAAACUAUGAGGAAGGGAGUUAUUGGACAAAACAAGAAUCACGGCUGAGGGGGUCUCUGCGACAGGACGAGGAGGGGGUCAAACCUGAGGAUGAUUAG